CUGACUGUACCCAGGCCUUUGUGACUGUCACCCUGGGUAGACUUGUGAGCCAGAGUGACAUCCAAAGUGCCCUCAAAGAGAGUGGCAGGUUAGCCAGGCCAGAGCCUGGUCCUGGGGUCUGGAACGGGUCACAGGGACCAAUGGAGGGGCCGAAACCCCUGGAACCCCGUAGACACACUCACCCCCAGCGUCCUCCAGCCCCAGUUUCAAGCAGCCAUGGAGGAUGCCUGGAUCAGCCCUGUCAGGGAUUUGUAAGGUGGCCCUGUCCGGUCCCCCUUCAGUCCACUCAGUCAUUAGAGUCUUCCAGACCUUUCCCAGCUCCAGGGACAGGGAAUGGGGGACCCAGAGUGGGAGGAGAAGCCCCUGGGAUGUUUCUGUCAAGUGAACGGGACAUCCAACGACAGAGGGCUCGAGAGCCAACAGGGGCCAGACAAGAAGGGGAGGCUGAGGUAGAGUGGGGCUGGCCCCUACAUCCAGGGCAUGAACAGGGGCUACCUAGGCAGACAGGAUCUCCCACCUCAGGACCCAGACCCUGCCCAUGCCCAACGCUACUGCCUAGAGGAAGGGCCACAGCUUCAUCCACACCAGUUCCCACACAGCUUCAGGAUGGGACACUGGGGUGUGCAGAGCAAUCCUUUAUGCAGCUGGAGCAGGAGAACCACUGUCUGAAAAGACAGAAUCAGGACCUUCGGGAGCAACUGGGGGCCCUCCUGGGGCCAGGGCAGCAGUUCCUACCUUUAUGUUCUGAGCACUCAAGCUGUACAGCCCUGGCCUGGGUAAGCGGGAGCACACACGGACCUGGACCCAUGCAGUCCCGGACCCAUGCAGCAGCACCUCCAGCUGUCCACACCCUUGGGCAUGACCCAGGGGCUUUCCCACAGUCCCCCGAGUCAGCCACCCGGACCCUGGAAGACAGGGCACCUGUGCAGCUGUUGCAGCAGCAGGAGCUCUGCCCAGGGAAAGAGUACUUUGUGCGGCAGUCCCAGAGUGAGCUGCAACAGAUCCGAUUAUCCUUUGAGAGGAAGAAGAUGGCCAUUACAGAGGUGCCUGCUUGGUGGGAGGGAGCCCCUGCUAUAUAUAUCCUGUUCCUUGGGUAUGAUGCAGGCCUCAAUUCCCUGCUCCCAGGUGUGGGACGGUGUGGCCGAGGUACACAUGGCCCUGAACAACCAGGCCACCGGGCUCCUGAACCUCAAGAAGGACAUCCGGGGUGUGUUGGAGCAGAUGGAAGACAUCCAGCUGGAGAUUCUGGGGGAGAGGGCCCAAUGCCGAACUCAAGCCAGGAAGCAGCAGCAAAUGAUGGAGAAAGGCAGGCCACAGCUGGGAUAUUCCGAGAGCCUAAAGAACCACCUCUGGCUGCUGGCCUUGAGGCUGCUGCUGGGUGCUCUGCUGGCCUGCACAGCGGCCUACAUAUACGUGGUGGACCCCACAUCCUUCGAGGGGCUGGUGCCACCCCUGCUGAGCCGAGCUGCUGUCUGGAAGCUCAGGACCCUACUGGGUCCCUUCUUGCGCCUCGAGGUGGACGACUUCCUGCCUUUCUAGACCGGAAGCCCAGUGGCCCCAGCAAGGAGAAGGCCAGGUGGCUGGUGCUGCCCCAGGGGCCCAGGGGCCUUACUGGCCCUUGCCUACAGCACCACUGCACAAGGUCCCUACCAGGAGCUGCAGGAGAAGGGUGGAGGAGGGGCUAGUCCUGAGGGCUGGGCCUGCAGCUGGAUAUACAGUCAUGACACACUUUGCAUGUAA